CUUCGCCUUGAGAUGGUAGAGCCCUCCUUUCCUCACUAGAGUGGAGAAACCGAUGUGAAGAGAGGUUUGAUAUUCCAUAAAGAUCUUGAAGAUGCUGCAUGUCUUGAUUGGUUGUCUAGCUCUAGCAGUCAUUGCUCGCGGGCAACAAAAUCCAGGUUUCAUAAGCAUAGAUUGCGGAGCACCUAAUGAUUACCAUGAUGAUCAGCUCAACAUAUACUACAAGGCUGAUGCAGGAUAUGUAGAUUCCGGAACAAACGUGCAGGUGUCUACCCAGGUCAUCUACCAAAACAACCAACAACAAUCAAAGAAUCUCCGCAUCUUCCCUAGUGGAGAAAGGAAUUGUUAUACAUUAACGCCAGAUGAAGGAAAGGGCAGCACAUAUUUGGUCAGGGCUUCAUUUUGGUAUGGUAAUUAUGAUGGCAAAGAUCAAACCCCAGCAUUUGACCUCCAUAUUGAUGUUAACUAUUGGAUCACGGUGAACUCUUCGUCUUGGAUAUACAAAGAGAUUAUUUACACUCCUCCGAGAGAUUACAUACAAAUUUGCUUGGUGAAUAUCAGCUUGGGAGUUCCAUUUAUAUCAGCUCUGGAGUUGCGGUUGCUGGAUAACUCGACUUACCAGAUCAAUUCCGGUGCACUUGUAACCAACUGGAAAUAUAAUUUGGGGAGCCUAAGCACAUACAGGCAUCCGCAAGAUGUAUAUGAUCGCAUCUGGAACAAUAAGACUUAUAGUGGAGGUUGGUCAUCAGUUAGCAACACAACGGCCAUCGUGACAAGUACAAGCAAUGAUGCCUAUAAAGUUCCGCCCGAAGUUUUGAUGACUGCCACACAAGUACAAAAUGUCACUGAUCCUCUGAGUCUGUUUUGGACCUCAGAGAACUCCACCAAUGUUUGGUAUAUAUACUUUCACUUUGUGGAAUUGCAAUUGCAAAAGGGUCAAUUCAGAGAACUCACCGUAUAUGUACAAGAUGAAUUCGUGGAAACUGUCAUGCUCGAGAACCUAAAGCCAGUGACUGUAGCCUCAUUGCCCAUAAGUGGACAUAAUUUGAACUUGACUAUUAGUGCGACGGCCCGCUCUAGUCUGCCACCGCUCCUCAAUGCGGUCGAGUUUUUCACUGUGGCACAGCUCCCAAAUUCACCGACUUUUCUUGAUGACUGUAUAUUUAUAUCUAUGCUCCCACUUAAUUUUUUUUGUUUCGAUAAUCUUUGAUUUCUUUAUGAUUGUAGCUAUUUAUGUGGUGGUUUAGUUAAUGCAAUGUAUGACAUCAAGAAAACAUAUGGGGUGAUCAGAGCUAGCUGGCAGGGUGAUCCAUGCAUUCCUACGCAGUACACAUGGAGCGGACUGAAUUGUAGCUAUGAUAGUUCUCCAAGAAUCAUCUCAUUGAACCUGAGCUCCAGUGGACUGAAAGGACCGAUAGCUACAUCAAUCUCCAAUUUGACAGCAGUUGUAUCCCUGGAUUUAUCCAACAAUUCAUUAACUGGGUCCGUGCCAGACUUUUCGAAUUUAAGUGGAAACAACAUGAAUGGCUCUGUUCCUCAAAUUCUGUUGAAGGGGAAGGCAGAUGGAUCGUUGCUAUUAAGCUUAGAUGGAAAUCCAAAUCUUUGCCAAUCAAACAAUUGUCAGACCAGCAAUGUGCAGCCAAAGAAAAAGGGCAUCUCUGUUGCCCCAAUCAUUGCAUCAGUUGCAGCCAUUCUGGUCUUGGUUUCAUUGGGCGCUCUUGCAGUGUUGUGGAUAAUCAAAAGAAGACAAAUCCAAGACGUUACUACUAUUACUACAACUACCAACUCUAGCGAAGGAUAUACUGGGACAUUAAAGUUGUCAAAAAAUCGACCUUUCACAUCCACUGAGGUUACAAGAAUUACUGAUAACUUUAGAACAGUAAUUGGAGAGGGAGGAUUUGGGAAAGUCUACUUUGGCAGACUUGAUGAUGGCAUUCAAGUCGCGGUAAAAAUGUUAUCUCGAUCAUCAAAGCAAGGCUACAAGGAAUUUCACGCAGAGGCACAACUCUUGAUGGUCGUUCACCACAGAAAUCUAGUUUCGCUUAUCGGAUAUUGCGAAGAAUUUGAAAACAUGGCACUGAUUUACGAAUUCAUGUCCAAUGGAAAUGUUCGGCAACAUUUGUCAGCACACAACCCUAAUGUUUUAAGUUGGAGCGAGAGACUAAAAAUCGCAAUCGAUGCAGCUCAAGGGUUAGAGUACUUGCAUAAUGGCUGUAAACCUCCCGUUGUCCAUAGAGAUUUAAAGACACCCAAUAUUUUACUAAACGAAAACAUGCAAGCGAAGAUUGCUGAUUUUGGAUUAUCGAAGGCAUUUGUAACAGAGCAAGAUUCUCAUAUUUCGACUCGCCCAGCAGGAACGCCUGGUUAUCUUGAUCCGGAGUUUCAUACAUCCGGAAACUUGAGCAAGAAGAGCGAUGUAUACAGUUUUGGCAUAGUUUUAUUCGAGUUAAUCACUGGCCACCCCGCCAUUAUAAGAAGUCCAGAGGGCAGCAUGCACAUACUUCGCUGGGUAACUCCACUCAUAGAAAGAGGGGACAUCCAAAGCAUUGUCGACCCGAGGUUAAAUGGCCAAUUCAACAUCGGUUCUGCAUGGAAAGCGGUUGAAAUAGCCAUGUCGUGUGUGCCGAUGACAGCUGUUCAAAGGCCGGACAUGAACCGUGUUAUGUCGGAACUAAAAGAAUGGUUGACAGUAGAGAUUGGGUCAGGGAGAAGCCAAGAAUGGGAAAUAGUAAGAGAAGAAGUGAGUCUUUUGAGAUGACCUCAAUUGAUCUGGAUAUUGCACCAAAUGCUCGUUAACUGCACUUGGUAUGUAAGGUUAUCACGUUCAGCGUUCUUGUGUAAGUUGUUGAUUAUUGGGUCGUAUAGAUUGAAAACUUCUGUACAAAGUCUGAGCUUGUGACUUUAAAUUGUCA